UUCUGGGAGCUGUAGUCCGAGGCCGUCAUGGCAGAACUACAACCCCCAUAACAACUGCGAGCGGCGGGGGCGAAGGGGCAGAGGGAGGUGGCGCCAUUUUGAGAGCGAGGGGUCGCCCACGCUCCUCUCCCCCCGCCGCCGGUCCGGACUGCGCUGCUCGCCGAGGCCUGGGCGGCGGAAGACGGGCUGGCGGCUUUGCCUGGAGGAUCUCCUCCUCUGGUUAGAGAUGUGAAGACUAAGGGUGGAAGAAUUCUCUCUCUUCGUCUUUUUGGGUGAUAGAUGCUUCACGCUGAAUGUAGAGUAAGACUGUUGGAGUGUCAGGAUGAAAUCACAAUUGAACCAUGUUCUAAAAAAAUGAAGUCAACAAAAAAGGCUUAUGAGAAACUCUGUAAUGAUGAUUACCAAAAUAUUCAAGAGAAAGUGGAUGCUGAAAGAACAUCUAGUGAUUUGGUACCACAGUAUGUCUCAGAUAACCAAGGGGAACAUGAAAUGCAGAAGCAAGAGAAAAUACCUACAGAUGUCUUGAAAACCCUGAAUGAAGUGCUUCCUGAUACAAAUCUAGUGCUUAGUCAGCCAGCUGAUUCAGAGAUCAUACAGAAUAUAAAAAAUCAUCCAUUUGUAAUAGCAGAUGAUGCUAAAGUUGAAGAUAAGCAAGACCCUUUUAUUACUAAUAAUGUUGAUGAAGGUAAUAAUAAAAAUAGCAGUGAAUCAUUCUCAGUAAAUAGAAAUGAAUCAAAUGACGAGUUUAUUACAAGCAAAGAAUUUAUUGGACCAAUUUACAAACCUGCUGAAAGAAACAAACGGGAUGAAUCUCAGAGUUGCAUUGAAGGUAGAAAUAGUGGGAGAGAUCAGAAUGAACUGCGUGAAAACAGAACUAAAAGAAAAGAAGCAAAGAAAACACAGGCUGCUGCUGCUACUGUACCAGAAAUAGAUGAUGAACUGUGCCAGUUUUAUAAAGAAAUUCACCAGCUUGAAAAUGACAAUUUAGAUAGUAAUUUUCAGGCAGAAGAAAUUAAAGCUUCUCAGGAACAAUAUUCUCCAUAUAACUGCAGUCAGACAUCACAUGAGGAUUGUCAACAGACAUUGCUGGGCAGCCCACAACCCUUUUAUGAGAAUGGACAGUGUUUCUCUGGGGAACAGAAGGGUCAGAAAGCAAGUACUGAGCAACAGUUUGACAGAGAAACAAGUGGCUGGAAAACUGAAAAUGCCUUUAAUGGACAAGUAGAUUCUAAGUUUUGGAACAACUCAGUGCCUGAAUUCAGACCUGCCUGGCAGUCAGCAGAGUCUUUCAUAGUACCUCAGGGACCUCUUCCUCCUCUGCCUCCUAGAUUCAACCAGCAGUCACAUUUUCAAGUACUUAAUUCCCCACCACGAAAAACAAAUGUUUUCCCUUCUCAUAAUGAUGAACUUUCUUACAAAAAUUAUCAUGGUUACCAUGGAAAUAAUGAUAUCAACUGGCAUGGUCCGUUACCUGAUCAAGGUGCCAACUAUGUUGGUCAUAUUGAUAUCCAGAGUACUCAGGCAUCCAGAAAUGGAAAUAAUGACCAGAAUGUACCCAAAAAUAAUGGUUUCUGUGAAACCAGAGAAGAGUGUUGGAAAAAUCCUAAAAAUUACCAUACAGAUGGAAUGCACAGCUUUUCUUUCCUGCAGUUACCUGAGGAAAAGUUACGUAGUUCACAGAAAUUGCUCCUACUUUUAAGAGGCCUACCUGGUUCAGGGAAAUCAACACUUUCUCGUUUUCUGCUUGGCCAAAAUUAUGAUGGCAUUGUAUUCAGCACCGAUGAUUACUUUCGUCAGCAAGACAGAUAUACAUAUAAUGCUGCUCAGCUUGGUGAUGCCCAUGACUGGAAUCAGAAGAGAGCAAAGCAAGCAAUGGAGCAGGGAAAAUCUCCAAUUAUAAUAGACAACACUAAUACUCAAGCCUGGGAAAUGAAGCCAUAUGUGGAAAUGGCUCUAGAAAAGGGAUACAGAGUGGAGUUCCGUGAGCCAGAUACUUGGUGGAAGUUUGAUCCCAAAGAAUUAGAAAAGAGGAAUAAACAUGGGGUCACUCGUGAGAAGAUUGCUCAGAUGUUGGAACGAUAUGAAUAUCAAAUAUCCAUACCUAUUGUCAUGAAUUCAGUGGUACCUCCUCACAAACACAUACAAAAGCCACCUCUGCAGCGAAGACAUAGGGAGACAAUUUUAAAGAAGAACCCUGGGCGCCAAUUGACAAAAGUGAAGCAGAGGAAAAAGCGAAAAAGAAGCAAAAAAAUGAAAGGCAAUCAUACAGAAAUUACAAAGAAAAAGUUAGGUGGAGCAGCUCAUCAUCUAAUUCCGGAUGACCAGGAAACAUCAGAAAGUGAAGACGAUGACUCAGAAGAAGAAAACAGAAAAUCUUUGUGUACAUUUAGUGAAGAUCCAGGGGACCCAAUAACAGGUUGUGAAGAGGGGCCCAAUGAUGAUAAUGAAAGCCUAAAAGCCGCAGUGUUUCCAAGAGAAAGGUCUCCUAUUACUGAAUCUGAGAUGUCAACUAUGUUGGACAGUGCAAUGAAAAAUGAGCUGUCUGUAGAAAGUGGCAGUUCAUUUUUGUUAAAUUUUAAAACUAUUUCUAAUGAAAACCUAACCAAAUAUGCUUUUGAUGAUCAGGAAACAGACCACAGGCAGAAAGAAAGUGUUUUAGAAAGCAAGAGCAAUUUCCUAAAAAUAAAUGAUGAUAAAAGUUCCACCCAAGAAACGGAAUGCAACUGUGCUGAUUAUAACACUAUGUUGUUAGGCACAAAAAACAAACUUAGCUCAGAUCAAAUUACACGUGCACCUGACAUGGAAGCUAAGCUUUUAAGUUUGAAUGGUGAAAAAAAAGAAAUCUCUCAGUGUUACAGUUCAGAAGUAUAUGAUAACGUGUCUGAUAAUAACACAGAGGAGAAACAUGCAUUAAAAGGAAAGAAUUGCUCUAAUGGCUGGGCAUUUUUUUCAGUUAAUAUACCUACGGAGGAAUUGCAGCUGGACUUUGAUGAACAAGUUUCUCUCUCUUCUUGGUCUGAGGAUAAGUUUGUAGGUGAACAAAGACAAAAAAAAGUGAGGAAACCUAAACAGGCUCAUAGUAACAGCUCAACAGAGCUAAAUUGCCAUCAGUCUUAUGAAGAACCAGUAAAGGAAGGCGAUCCAUUGGUAAAGGUAACAGCAACUGAGGAGACUGCUAAUGUAAUAAGCAAUGGUCCAUGUGCCUCUCCUGCAGGUGAAACAUGCAUUGAUUCAGUUGUGGAAUCCAGGGACACCUUCACACACUGUUUGAGUCAAGUGAACACUCCAGGAAAUGGUCCUGCACCAGUUACAUCCAAGAGGAAAACAUGCAAAAGAAUUUUCAAUUUGGCACCAAAGUUUAACCUACCAAGACAGAUUGCUGCUAAUACAGAGGGGAGGAAGGAAGUCCAGUUAAGAGAUGAUGUCCCCUCAAAAAGCAUUUUAGAAACAGAGCAAAACAGAAUUCUGAGCAGAGACAGCGGAGAGGAACAUAAUGAGAACCUUACAUCUCAGGAAUGUUCUGCACUUUACAAUGGCAAUGAGACAGCCUACUCCUUACCCACCUAUGAUGCAGAUUCUCCAUUAGGUGACGUUUCAUGUAGCCAUUUGGGACAAUCUGAUUCUUCUCCAGUGCCAAGUGUUUGUAUUAUUUCCAGGACAAAGGAGGAGCAAGAUGGAACUCAUAAGCAACAAGUAGUUGAUGAAAAAGAGGGUGAGAGUGCACAAGCCUCUUCAGCGGUUACAACUAGCAAACCAGAUAUUUUGUCUUCUGUUAAAGUGGUUUCUGAAUAUCCAGAAGGUUCUAAUAUAUUGGAAACCUGUGGUGAAAAUAUGCACAAAGCAGAUGACCCUGAGCCGUCAGAGGCUUUGCAGGCCAAAGAUAAGCAAGAUGUGAACAUGAAACCUGAUUUUCUGGGACUUCCCUUAUCAUUAGGAUUUGCUUUUCAACUUGUGCAGCUCUUUGGUUCUCCAGGCCUUCCACUAGAAUCCUUGUUGCCAGAUGAUUAUAUAGUACCUCUUGACUGGAAAGUUUCGAAGAUGAUCUAUUCACUGUGGAAGACCUCUGUGGAGGAGAAACAGAAAACAAAUGGAUUGCAGAAUCCAAGUGCCUUGUCUGAUGAUACUGUUGGUCUUGAAGAUCUAAAUAAAAAUUGUCAAGAGAAUCAAGACUCUUCUGAAACACUUCCAGAAAUAGAACUGUUUCAAGGAGUGAUAGAAGAGAACGUCAUGACCCAUACUAGCACUGGCUGCCUGGAUACUGUGUUUCAUCAGUCAUGACUGACCAUCUUAAAUAAAAAAUUCUGCAAGAAGGAAAAGAAAUUUCUCACUUUGAUUCUACCAUGGAAGGACCUCAGUUUACAACCAAGUAUUUUAAAUGUAAGGAAUAACCUGGAAGAAAAUAAUCAGUCUGGAUUUUUGGUGUGAAUCUGUGGCCACCAUUUGUUCCCUCCCUGAUAUCACUCUCUUUGUCUAGGAAAUAAAAAAUCAAAAUUGAGAUAACUUGGAUGUGGCAAAAGGCCCUUUCUGAAGCCAUUUGGAAUUUAUGCCUUUUUCUAUACAUCCUUAAGUAUGAUAGAAAGAAACUGAAAAUAGAGACCAGUAAGCACAAAGGAGAAGGCUGUCUGCAGAAGGUGUGAACUUCAGGCUUUUGUAUUUAAUUCACUUGUAUUGGGAUUUCAGAUGCUGCCACAUGAGCUGAAAAGUCAGGGCUUCCUAGUAAUGAUGUCUUCCUGCAGGGAAAGGUGUCUGUUCUUUCAUUGUUAAUUAGGUGGCUUAUCCUACUCCUGCUUGCACUUAUCUUUCAUCCUGCUUCUAUUACUCAUAAUUAUAUCCCAGUCUCUUCACAAGGUCAAGUGGAAGAAGUCUUCAUCAAUCUCUCCUUUCAUCUGCAGGUGCACAAAUUACAUUGUUUUUCUCCUGAAACCAUGCUUAAUGUUUCCCUCGGAGUACACCAUUUUGCAACUAUAGGAAUAAGGAGAAAUUUUCAGUACAGAGCUGACCCAGACAUGCUAGAGGAAAGAUGCUUAUGGCUUGUCAUAGACUAAGAUCUAUAACUAAUGUUCAUAAUCAGUGAUUUGAUGUUUCUGUUAAUGAUAUUCCUUUUGCCAUUUUUUACUUAAAAUCCUUAUAUUGUGAGGAGAAAUUUAAACUAAACUAAUCUAAAGGCAGCUGUUUCCUUAUUUUUUUUUCCCUUUAAGAUUAAAUGUGGUGUUUAUUCCUCAACAAGAGUAAUAGUCUUGCUGGUAACUCUGUUACUCAAGAAAUUAUCCCAAUAGCAUUAGUAGAAUAUUGAUUUAAUCAGGGAGAGAGGAAGCAGAGAUUGAACACAAAGAAUAAAAUCUAAAAUCUUGCUCUUGCGAGUUUCUCUGUAAGGCCCACACAGGUAUCAAAGAAAAGCAGGAAAUAUUUACAUAUAUACAGUGAGCUAAAUUACAUAGGCAGUGAAUUUCAUCCCAUGCUUUUUAAAUCGAAUUUCACAUUUUCUUUCUGAGGCAUGUUUGAAUGAAUCUGUGUUCUUUGUUUCAUGGAGGUUGAAAGUAGGGGAAGGCAUCUCUGCCAGCUCUCACUUUUACUGGGAAGCACAAAAUUGUUAUGAUGUGAGUAUUGCUGUGGCUCAUAAUUCCCGAAUGUUUAUCUUUAACCUGGUGCUCUGAUGCUUGGCUCCUCUGCCAGGCAGAGGAUGAAAUGGAGCGCUGUGGGUUGACCUAGUUAUUUAUGCCAAAGUGGCUGAUACUUUCUCUUGCAGACAGAAAUGAGUACAAUCACAAAAUAGGUGAGGAAACCAGAAGGCAAUAGGUAUGGUGUGAUGAACCAGAAAGAACAGGGGCCAGUGGAGCCCGGGUGGAGGAGGAGAUCACAAAGGAUAGCUAUUUUUAAGAGAAAAAGCAGGAGUACCUGCUGAAAUAGCAAGUCACACAGGUGAGGCAGGACAUAGAGAAUGGAGUGGAGUAGAAGGUGAAAGGACAGAUCAAAAGAUUAUCAAACAGAGCAAUAUGUUAUGGGUAAAGGAUACAGGAAAGAAAAAAUAAUUAAAUGAAUUUAAUCAUAAAGAACAACCUUUGUCUAUUACGAGAGAAACUGUCAUGGGUAAGGCUGGAAACUUCUUCAUAGUGAGCGGGAAUGACAAGACAAAUAUCAUCUCACCUCUGGUGAGAAAGAUGGGAAAAGGUCAAUGAAAAGAAGAGAAGCAAGGAAGCUUAAAUUUCAUGUACUUGUCAAAAAUAAUACUUCCCACUUCUGCAGCUUUCAGAUCCAGAAUGUUUAUCCAGUGAAGUUUUCCAGAUUCAUUUGUUUCCUCUUUCUUAUCUCUUCCCUGCACCCUUUUCAUCAGGCAUCAGCUGAAGAACCAGCACCUGACUGAAGUCUUGCUAAAGCCUUGCUGCGCUGUGGUCCAAAUGGCCAACGUGUCCCCAUGCUCCACUUAAAUAUUAUGUAUAUAUAGAAGCAGUUAGAAGCUAUCUGCAUUUCUAAAUUAAUGUUACAACUUCUUGGUGGCUGCACUGUCAUUUUCCAUGUGUAUGUUUUUUUUUUUUCCUUUCCUUGGAUUGAAAUGUACUGCUCUUCUACAAGCAUGAACAUCAUAGAAAAAGUUACGGGGGAGAUGCAUAAGUCAUGCUGGUCAUACCCUCAGUUUCAGACUUACCUGAAGUACCAUUGGCAAUAGAAAAGUUGGUUUGAUUUCAAGAAAAUGCCAUUCAAACACUAAUAUUUUCUUUCUACCUUUAUUUAUUCAGAAAGAAUUCUGAACGCAUAUGUUUUCUGUUACUGAAUACCAGACUUCCAGAAUGCUUAAAAUAAAAACAAAUUUCAAAAUCUCA